CUAGACAUUGGAGAUGCAGGAACUCUGAAAACCGCAGUAUCUAUGCCUUAACCUAUUAACUCGAUCGACUCUAGCUAGCUCUACGUCUACUAUACUAUACUAAACAAAGUCUCUAAGAUGAGCUCCAGCACUGAUUCCAGAGAUGUGCAGAGAGGCGGUUGCAAUUGCCCUCAAUGUGACUGUGGCCAGUAUGAUGGAGGAACUGAAGGAAGGAAAUGCAAUCACUGUGGUCACCCUCCUGGAAAGCAUGUGAACAUGAACACAGGCAUUGCUUCUUUGGCACCAACAACUACUUCGUUCUUACCAUCUUAUCCUAUACAAGAUGGUUACAGCCCCCAAUUUACUACCCACUCUGCACCCGAUCAAUCGACUAUGUCGAUGUCACCUCAAGGAGCUGUGCAACCACGACCGAGUCAAUUACGAAGUCCCUUCAAGCGGCCACGACCAACUACUGCUUCCCCACCAGCAUUACGUUCACCUGCACCUCGGCUAGCCCUAGCCCUUCCACUUGACCAGCAGUGUAAGCUCAGUGGAUGCUCAAGGAGGAGAUACACUGAAGGUGGUCGUGUACAUGACUGUUGUGGGAAAACACAUGCGACGGAGUAUGCCAAACAAAAUUGUCAUAUUACAUCCGAGUUGCAAUGCAAGACUCCUGGAUGCUACAAACAGAGGUACCCAAAUCGCCAAGGAGGACAUUUUGAUUACUGUGCCAAAUAUUGUCGUGACAGUGGAGGCAAACCACAAGGGUCAAUGCUUGCUUCAGCUUCAAUGCCGGACAUGGCUCUGACAGGCGGCUAUGGUAUCUGUCAGUUCCCUCAGUGUGGAAGACAAAAGUACUGUGAUCCUGCCAACGGGAGGGUGCAUGACUUCUGUGGGAGAUCCCAUGCUUACCGAGCCAGAGUGGAAGGAAUCACCACUGCUGUGAAUAUCAGAGUAGCCACUGCACAAGAGCUCUCCACAAUUGCAGGGAAGUUCAAGCAGUCAUGGGCUAGUGCAAAAGGGGCUUGUCCAGCAGUUUCAUUUGUCUACAUCAUCAGCAACUCCCAGCUUACACAAAGAUGGACCACAUACAGAAGUGGGUUACAGAAGAAGGACGUUGAAGAGUACUACCAUGGUACUAAACUAACAUGCAACAUUACAGCGACUUCAACUCUGUGUAACGACCAAAAUUGUGGUGCAUGUGGUAUCUCAAACACUGGACUGGAUCGAAGAUACAUUCGAAAGAACAUUAACUACCAGAGAUUUGGUCAUGGCUUUUACCUCGCUCCCAAUUCAUCAAAAUGCCAUGACUACACCCAAGGAUGCUCCUCGUAUAGAGCUAUGCUGUUGUUUGAUGUUUGUCCUGGAAAUAAGUACAACCUCAAGAAAAACAAUGAGAAAUUAACAGGUCCACCUCAAGGAUUCGAUUCUGUUUAUGGACAGACAGGAGGAGGCAACUUGAACUAUGAAGAACUAGUAGUGUACAACGCUGAUGCUGCCCUUCCAAAAUGUAUUAUUGUGUACCAAAAGGACGGUGAAGGAAAAAUAGCAAAAUAGACAUUUUUUAAUUACAGUUACUGUUUUUCUAUACAAAACAUGUGUGAUGUAGACUAUUAUACAUUGUCCAAUUAAGAGUUCAUCUGUGA